CAGAGCGCGUCCCUGCGCCUCGUACAGAAAGUGGCGAUGCCUCCUGCCGGAGCACAGAUCUACUCCCCGUUUUCCGUGAAAAGGAAAAGCCCAGUUGUUUGUUUUUUAACAGUCAGAAAGCCCAUGCUCUGCGAGCUUCCUCCACCACCUACACAGCUCAAAUACGACUCUCCCGGGAUGCUGUCGAACAGCCCACACGUCGGUCACAAAGUGGCAGGCUGUUUGCUUUUCCUCUCUUUCUUUCACCUUGCUGCUGGCAGCUCAGGAAAAGACACACAGAGCCAGGAUGAUUUGCACGUCAUUCACAACAAUCAGCUGGACCUGCGGGAGAUAGUGUUCGUCAUCCAGAGUCAAAGCAACACCUUCCAUGUGAGGCAGGCAGAAAGACGGAGAGAGGAUUUGCUCAAGCAGGCACGCGGUUUUACGAAGGGAAGUUGUUCCAGAGAGUGGGUGUCCUAUCAGAAAAGCCUGGUCACCCUUUGUCCUCAGCUGAGAGUUGAGAUGGCUAGCAGGGCCUUGGUCAAGGACCUCAGAUUGUGGCCAGAAGAUCUUAAAUAUCUUCUGGCAGUAAAGAUCUUAUCACAUUCCUUUGGGAAAAACUCUUCGUGGAUUGUAUUUCUUGAGGAAGAAACAAACGUGAACUUGAUUGCCCUCAUCAAAGUCCUUGCAAAAGUUGACAAAAAUAAAGAGUGGUUUCUGGGUAAGCCCCUCUUUGAUGAGGAAUCGACCAUCAUCCAUCAUUAUGCCUUUGCAGAGAACCCCUCCAUCUUUAAAUAUCCAGACUUUGCUGCCUCUUGGGCCUUAAGCAUCCCCCUAGUUGUUCGGCUUGCAAAGAAAGUGAAAGAGGAGCCACUUAAAUCUGACUUCACUAUUGACCUUAAACAUGAGGUUGCCUUGUAUAUCUGGGACAAUGGGAAGGGUCCACAUCUCACUGCAGUUCCUGAGCUGUGUACUGUGCCAGAGGACUCUCCCCAGGCCAGCCACUGUGCAACCACUGUGAGCAAAAAGCCUCCACUGUGUGGGGAGCCUGUAAAUAAAGAAGAUAUAUUUGUUGCUGUGAAAACAUGCAAGAAGUUUCACAGUGAAAGAGUGCCAGUGAUAAAGAAGACUUGGGAAAAGGACGCCUUAUUUUUGGAGUACUACAGCGAUCAUGCUGAUCCUUCAAUACCAACCAUUAAUUUAGGUGUUCCAAAUACUGAAAGGGGCCACUGUGGAAAAACAUUUGCAAUCCUUCAAAGAUUUCUAAGCAGCGCUGUGCCGGACACCAAGUGGCUCCUCAUUGUGGAUGAUGACACACUUAUCAGCAUCCCCAGACUGCAAGUCUUGCUGAGCUGUUAUGACUCCUCUGAACCAGUGAGUCUGGGGGAGCGAUACGGCUAUGGCUUGAGCCAAGGUGGCUACAGUUACAUAACAGGAGGUGGUGGUAUGGUGUUCAGCAGGGAAGCUGUGGUGCGACUUCUUAAGAGUGGCUGCAAGUGCUACAGCAAUGACGCGCCAGAUGACAUGGUGCUGGGCAUGUGCCUCAAUGCUCUCGGGCUUCCCGUCACACAUAGUCCUCUCUUCCACCAGGCACGCCCAGAGGACUAUGCCAGAGACUUCCUAGCUCACCAGGUGCCCAUCUCCUUUCAUAAACACUGGAACAUUGACCCCAUUGCUGUCUUCAACAAAUGGCUUAAGGAUGACUUCACAGCAAGUCAAGAUGAAUUGAAAAGUGCAAAAACAGAACUAUAAUGAAUUUAAGCACAUAAACUAGCCUGUAUGAAUACUUUUAUAUGUAUAUACAGUGUGUGUAUGUCGAGUGAUGGGAAAAUUAUCAGUUCACAGAUGUAAAUGUUUUGUUUUGUUUUUUUGUAAUGUUGAUGUUGAGCUGUUAUAAAGAAGGACCAUGCGAGCAUGUGUCUGUGAUUUAAUAUUUGAGUGUUUUCAUGACUGAGUUGCAUGUUAUGGUUGCUGUCAAAUUUGGGAAUAUGUGUAUAUUUAUAUCCUAAUCUAAUACCUUAUAGAGGAGCAUAUCGUUUCUUUGGAGAAAUGGUGUCUUUUACAAUGAUCACUAAUGCUGUACAAUGUGCUCUAUUUUGUCAUAAAGGCAUUAAUAUUUCAAAA